ACCUAAAAAAAUACUCGACUCAACCGAUAAUAUUAAACAUCGAUAACUGUGAAAAUCUAAAAUAUACCAGUGCUACUAAAAUUCAGAAAAUUUCAUUCGAUUCAUUGAUACAUUUAGAGUUGUUCACCAUAGCAGUUCAAUGUUAAGCCAUAGAGGAGUCAUAGAACAGGUUUACGCGAACCAACCAGUCGACAAGAGUUGGCAAAUGGAUAGAGAGAUGCUCCCGAAAUUGCGGUGCUGCUAACAUCCACGUCUGACCAAACAGUUUGUAAAUCAGAUCGAAAGAUGCAGUCAGCGAUCUUGCUCGUCCUCCUCCUGAGUUACUCAGGAUGGGUAAAUGGACUUUGCGACUUGGAGAACGGCGUAAUAGCACAUUGCCACGAGCUAGAAGACGUCAAGUACAUCGAAACGUACGACCUUGAAACGCUCAAGGCUUCCCAGGCGAAACCAGUCCUCCGUCCCGGUAUCUUCGUCAACCUGACCAGCCUACGACAUUUGGACCUCUCCAGAAGCGGCAUCGAACGAAUAGAACCAGGAGCCUUCCGCGAACUGCACAACCUACGAAGCUUGGACUUAGCUGAAAAUAAUCUGGAACAGCUGGAGCUAGGUUCCAUAGACGGUCUGCACCAUCUGCACAAUUUAAAUCUCCGCAAAAACAAUUUGCAACAAUUGCCUCCCGUGUUGGCUCGUUUGAAGAUAAAGUACCUGGACAUCCAAGGCAAUCCCUUGCAAUGCAACUGCUCGACGCUCAGAGUGAGAGAUUUGAUCGUCAAGAGGGGCGUGAAGAUCAUGAAGAAGGUGCUCUGCGCAGGUCCAGGUAAUCUGAAGGGGAUGUCGUUGUUCAAGGUGGACACAGCCACCACUUGUCGUUUCGAGGAGCAAGACCGGGAGAUGCAGAAUGACCAGCCUUCAGUGUCAGAGGAGGAAUUUGGAUCAGGAGACGAUCUGGGUAACAGCGAGGAGCUUACGAGCGGUUCCUCGGAGAUCCCUAAGGAAGUGGAGAUCGAAACUCCGCUUCCAGACGCGCCUGAAGUCUCCACUCCUUCGAUCGUUCAGUCAUCGUUUGCGGACACCAGUGAGUCGCAACAGAGCUCAAGCUCCUCCGAAGAGGCGGCGACCACACAAAUGGCGCUGAAGAAGACGAUCGACAAAGACGAAGAGAUCUACUUCGAUUCCGAUGAGAAGACCUCGACAUCCACCGCGGCGGUUGAGAGACAGAAGGUGUACGUAGACAACUUGUUCCAUCCGGAGGGUUCCGGGGAUGUGGAGGACGGUUCUGGCGAAGGUUCGGGCACGGACGAGGUGUUCGGCACCUGGACGAAGAUCGGUGAGGUGGAGAAACCUGUCGAGAACGAAGAGACCUCGUCCAUCGGCAGCGGACUGUUCGACAUGUUCGUCAAUAUGUUGUGGAGCACCACGGAGGCUCCUGGCGCCGCCAACGAUCCAGACUUGGAGGAAGAACAGUUCAUCGACGUGUCCUCGGCGAAGGAAGUCGAGGAGGAGAUCAGCACGCAGAAAGUCACCCCGAAGGAGACGGCUCCACCCACAACCGAGGCGCCCAAGGUCGAGAUCAUCGACAACGAAUUGCACGACAAAUCGAAGUUAGAAAAAGUCGUGGAGGAAAGCGACGUCGAGGAGAACGACAGGUCGGCCGAGGUGGCUCUGACGAAGCAGUCCAAGAAAGGCAUGGGCUCUUACUUCGUCCUUGGCGCUCUGCUGGCGAUCCUGGCGACUCUGAUAGGAUUCGCCGCGUACAAAGGAGACUUUUGCAGGAGGAGGAGGAAACGCGGCGAUGUGGAACACGGGACGGAGAUGAAGGACAUGCAGAAGGCUCUGUUGGAGACGGGCAACUCGGCGCGGCCGAAGGUGGCCUCGAACGGAAACGUGGAGAACGUCCCUCUGUUCCAGGACGCGACGGACCACGGGGACACGAAGACCAACGACUUCCAGACGACGAUAGACGUAUCCAAACCUCCAAGUGAACGCACUGAACCGACGAAACCGCCGAGGAAUUCACAAAAUGGCCAGAGGCUGAAGGACACGGCUGAUCAAGAGUCAGCUUCCCUGAACGACGAUUCAUUAUCUGCGAGGAUAAGCUCGGCAGAUCCGGUGGUUGAUAACUGCCCGGUGAACGAGUCACCGGACGUGAACGGACCUCCUCUGAGUCCUGGUGCUCAGAGAGUGAAGAUCACCCUGCAGGAGAACCCUGACAGCGUGCCGAAGACACCCAUACUCAUUACGAGAACAAUGGCUGGUGAGAAUCUAGUCAAAACACCGUGAGGCAAACUGUUUGACGUGGGAACAAGUUGACCAGACACGAAAUUUGAACUGGAAUAAAUGACAACGGGUUUUAAGUUGAGUGACCGACGGAUGGUAAAGAGGGAAUCUAUGGUUUUGUUUCGAAUGAGAUUCAUGGGGUUGCCAGUGUUCCUAAGCCCGUGCAUUUAUGGCCCUUGAUAAACUGUUACGCGAGCUGUAAGAUUUGUUCUUGCGAAUCGUUCUCGUAUAUGAAUCAAGACUGUUUUUAACGAACGUUCAUUUUCAUAGGUUAAGAGGUUAAUAUUUAGAGAUAGCGAUAGAAGAUACGAGCGAUUCUGUGAAACGAGAUUGUACAUAUUUGCAAAUAAUGUACGCGCGAACCUCGGUAAGUUUUUCUUAGGAGACGCUUGUUAAUUACGUGUAUUAUAGACUUGUUAUUUUGCCAUUAAUAAUUUUUUGAAGUUGGUAACAUGUCGAGUCUCAAAGUCUUCGACAUAAAGCGGCAAUAUAACGAGAUUAGAUUAGCGUGUGGCCUUUGAGAGGACGUAAUAAGCAAAGAAAGCUCCAAGCCCCGGGCGUAGGGAAAUAUCGAGGUUUUACUGUAUUUAUAUGUAGGAUGUUUCUAAUUACCUGUUAAUUACUCUGUUUGUGACGAUACGGUAAAAUGUUCCAGGAAGAAAUUACCAUAUUUCAACGGAAAAGUUAGACUGUGAAAUUGAUCUUCCCUGAAUUAUAUUUUCGGAGAAUUUAAACUUUUUAGUGAAACUAUAUUUUUUUCAAUGAAUCCUAGUGAAAAUAUUUUACUAAAACAGUAAAAAUA